UUUACAUUCGUGUGCUAUACAACCCAUCUAACGAUAAGCCUAAAGCACUGAAUACAAAAUGAAAAUGUUCAUUGUUAUGAGUCUGGCCGUUAUGGCCACUUUGGCUGCUGCCGAUGUCAGUGAAUUGCAGAAAUACAAUUACCCUGCCCCAGCAUCGGCAUCUAACGAAGUAGCUGCCUAUAGUCCCGGCCAACAGUCUUACUCAACUCAAUCCUCCCAAAUUCAUGUGGAAUCGAUUAGACCUUCGGUGCCAAUUGCCAGUUUCACUAUGCAACAUGUAAGUGGUGGUGAAGUUUCUGCCCAAUCGGUCUCUACCUCUGGAUCGUAUAGUGCUGCUGCACAACAACAACAACAAAGUUACUCUGCUCCAGCUGCUGGUCCAUCCAAUGAGUAUUUACCCCCUGUCACCACUCAAGUCCAGCAACAAACUUAUAAUACUGGAGCUGUUACUGAAACUGUCGCUAACAAUGGUGCCUACAACUAUCAACCUGCUGCUUCGGUUUCUGUGCAACAACAACAAUCCUACUCCGCACCCGUUGCUGCUCCAGUUCAACAACAAUCCUACUCCGCUCCCGUUCAAGUCCAGCAACAACAGCAAACUUACUCAGCUCCCGCUCCUGUUCAACAAAGUUAUACUGCUCCUGCAGCUACUGGUACUUAUAGCUAUCAAGCUCCUGCCGCUACUGUUCAACAAACCUACACUGCUCCCGUCCAACAAACCUAUGCUGCCCAACAAACUUACUCUGGUGCUGAACAAGUUCAACAACAAACAUAUCAAGCUAACACCCAACAAUCGUAUACCUCUGCCGCCACUACCACUACUGCUGUAGACAAUGGUUCUUACAACUAUCAACCCCAGACCCAACAAUCUGCCCCAGUUGCUGUGUCCCAAGAACAAAGCUAUUCCGCACCAGUUCAACAGACCUACACUGCUCCAGUUGCUACUACUCAGGUUCAACAGACCUACUCCGCUCCAGCUGCUACCGCUCAAGUUCAACAGACCUAUACCGCUCCAGCUGUAGCUGAUAAUGGUGCCUAUAAUUAUCAAGGACCAGCUGCUGCCACUGUUCAACAAUCGUACUCUGCCCCCGUCCAACAACAAGAAUCUUACUCUGCCCCAGCUGUCACCACUACCACCGUUCAACAAACUUACUCAGCUCCAGUUCAACAAGAAACGUACUCGGCUCCCGUUCAACAAACUUACUCCGCCCCAGCUGCCACCACAACCACUGUCCAACAAUCCUACUCAAAUGCUGUAGCAACUGCUGAAAAUGGUGCCUACAAUUAUCAAGGACCUACUGCUACCGUUCAACAGCAAACCUAUUCGGCCCCAGCAACCACUCAAGUUCAACAAACUUACUCUGCUCCUGUUGCCGUUCAACAAACUUACACAGCUCCUGCUGCCCCUGUUGACAAUGGCUCAUACAACUAUCAAGAACCAGUUGCUGCCCCAGCUCCAGUUCAACAACAGACUUACUCUGCUCCAGCCGCUGCUCCAGUUCAACAACAAACCUACACUGCUCCAGUUCAACAACAAACCUAUACUACUUCAGUCCAACAACAAACAUACACUGCCCCAGCUGCUGCUCCCGUUCAACAACAAACUUACUCCGCCCCAGCUGUUGCUACCACCACCACAACCACCUCCGACAAUGGUGGCUACAAUUAUCAAAAUGCCGGUACUCAACAAAGCUACACAACUUCAUCCGCAGUUGAAUCACAUGCCAACCAACAGGCCACAAACCAAUACUCUGUCCCAGCCCCACAAAAGGUUACUUUCCCUGCCAGUUCGCAAGGUCAAGAAGUCGGCACUGUUUAUGGUUCAAACGGUGGUUAUGUCUACAACAAAAGACACUAA